AUAGGACAUGCGUGCCUCACCAACGCUUGCACUAAAACCAGCACGCACACACUCUCAUUUGUCCUACUCUUUUCUCUUCACCCACUAGCACCCACGACCCAAAACCUUCCUCCCACUCAAAUUUCUUCAAGUUUUCAUCAUCUGCAUUAACACCCACUACUCCAUAAUCAUUUUUUGGUCACUUCCACUCUUUAAUUCAUCCCUCAUCUGAAAAAUUUCUUCAAGAUGUCACCAAAAGGUGCAAGUUCUAGCUCUGGUACCAAGAAGAGACAAAUGCCUAUUUUCAAGAAUCCUUCUAAGCAACCCAUAAAGGAGGAAGAGUCACUUAUCCCCAUCAACUACAAUGAGCAUGAGUUUGGAUUAGCAUCUAAUGAGAAGUAUUACAAUGAAAUUGUUGCAAAUGCUCAGAUGAUAAAUGAGAGGUCGGUCUCAAUUCCAUCUGGAAAAGACUCUUGGGGGAUUGGUGCUGCAAUAGUGCAAAGAAGAUGGAGUGUGGUGUUAUGCAAACCAGCUCCUCUAGGAUGUGCAAACCUCGUCACUGAGUUUUAUGCUAAUGCUCAGUUUGACUCUUCCAUACCUACUCCUUCCGAGCCAACAUACAAAUCCUACUGCAAGGGAGUAGUGAUUGACUAUAGUCCUGACACAAUCAGGAGGUUCUUGAAGUUGUCAUUUCUAGCAGUAGAGGCCAGAAUUUUUGGAACAGAUAAGCCCAACUUUCAUUUCCCCUUGAACAAUACCCAAAGGAGGAGGUUCUAGCAACUGUUGCUAUCCCGGGAGCCAUUUGGAAGGACAGGAAAGAUGAUGGAGAAGUGGAGGGGAGAACUACUCCAAGGUAUAUUCUCAGGCAUAUUUGUAAACCUAAGGUGAGAGUGUGGUGUCAGUUCGUGUUGGACACCAUAGUUUCUUCCAACAAAACAAAGGUGCACCAUGAAGCCGCACUAUGUAUAUAUUGUUUGAUUAAGUAGUACCCCAUUGAUGUUGCUAGGAUUAUUUCUUGGAGGAGGGGGGCCUUCGGGUGCCUUACCCCAACCCCAUUACCAAUGUAACGCCCCAAUUUCUCAGGUGAGGAGUCACAUUAGUAACCUAACAAAGUCUAAGGACUAUUUCGUAA